UCGUAUUUUGUCGAAUCAACUGACCACACCAACGAUGGUCUAUUCUUAUUGAGUCCAGCCGCUGAACUGCCAAAAAUACCGUUACGAAUAAUUUCGAAUUCUGAAGUGCCCGAAGAUUCACGUGAAAAAUCGAGCAGUCUUGGAGACGAUUUGAUAUUGGAUACAGAUUCAGAUUCAGAUGACGUUAAUGAAAGACCUUUAUUCGAUGAAUUUGGCACGAUCAUCACCUAUCCAGACAAACAACUCACACAUACCGAUAUAAGUGAACAGCAGAAAGAAAUCCGUCGCUUUGAACAGAAAUCACAAGUGAGCAUAUCAAUUCAGCAAUAA